AUGUCGUCACCAUCGCACUCCAGGUGGAAUAAUGGCAAUGGAGACGACUCAUUUGAGUUAAGUUCCCCGGAAUGCUAUGCUUGCACUCAGGCGGGUCUUCCGGUGUUUCACUCCACCCGCUGCCGUGACCCGAUCCACCAUUCCCAGCUGCAAUGGGAGCGCUCCGCUGGUUCUUCUUUGACCCGGGUGGAGACCCCGACGGACCUGAAAUGCAGCCCCACAGACCUGACCCGGACCCGGGUCAUCGACCCGCGUAGCAACUACGUGAAAAGGUUGAACCGUGUCGUCCUCAUGGCACGUGGCCUGGCGGUCGCCGUGGAUCCGCUCUUCCUCUACGUCAUCGCUUUGAGCAAGAGUGGGGCCUCCUGCUUCUACAUGGACGUCACCCUGGCCUUCUACGUGACCGUCUUUCGCACGUGUCUGGACGCCUUACACCUGGCCCACAUUUUGCUUCAGUUCAAGCUUGCAUACGUGUCCAGUGAGUCGAUGGUGAUUGGCUGCGGGAAGCUCGUGUGGGACCCGCGAGAGAUUGCGUGGCACUACAUGAAGUCCUUCAGGGGGUUCUGGCUCGACGUCUUUGUCAUUCUACCAAUUCCUCAGAUUGUAAUUUGGCUAAUUGAGCCAAAAUUGCUUAGAGGAGAACGGCCGACACAGAUAAUGGCGACCGUUUUGCUAACCUUCUUGUUCCAGUUCACCCCCAAGGUCUACCACAUUAUUCACUUGGCCAAAAGACUGAAAAAGGUCACAGGUUACAUCUUCUCAUAUGGCAACAUUUGGUGGCGUUUCAAACUUAAUGUCAUCGCCUACUUAACUGCGUGUCACAUUGUUGGAGGAAUUUGGUAUGUUCUUGCAACACAACGUGUAAUGUCAUGCAUCCAAGAACAGUGUGAGAGUAUUAAAAAGUGUAAUCUAUCUCUCUAUUGCUCAAGGGAAAUAUUUUCCCAUGGAAAUUUUCCUGAAGUUAACAAAAUUCCAAAGAUAAAGGCAAUGUGCUUUGAUGAGGACACUGAAUUUGGCUACGGAGUUUACCAGCCGAUCCUUCUUGUCUAUAAUGGCAAUACACGCGCCGUUAGGAUCCUUUAUCCCAUUUACUGGGGUUUAAAUAACCUAGGCUCCUUUGCCAACAAUCUUACUCCUACAAGUGACUGGCUGGAACUGAUAUUCUCUUGCUGUUUGUGUCUGGCGGGCUUGAGCCUCUUUAUUACCUUACUUGGAAAUAUCCAGAUAUUUCUGCAUUCGAUCAUGUCAAACAAGAAGAAAAUGCAGUUGAAAUAUCGAGACAUGGAAUGGUGGAUGCAUCGUAGACAGUUGCCCCAUCAUUUGAGAAAGAGAGUUCGACAUUUUCAACGCUGCAGUUGGGCAGCAAUGCAAGGACUGGAUGAGAUUGAUUUGAUCCAAAACUUUCCUGAUGGACUCCGAAGGGACAUCAAGCGCCAUCUUUGCCUAGAUCUUGUCUUGAAGGUACCUCUAUUCCACAAGUUGGAUGAUGUUAUUCUUGACAACAUAUGUGAUCUAGUCCGUCCACUAAUCUACUCCAAGGGUGAAAAGAUAAUUAGAGAAGGAGACCCUGUCCAAAGGAUGGUGUUCUUGGUUCAUGGACGCAUAAAACGUAGUCAAGGCCUAAGCAAAGGGUUCUUAGCCACCAGUGUGCUAGAACCUGGUGCCUUCUUUGGGGACGAGCUUCUCUCAUGGUGCCUCCGCCGUCCAUUUUUAGGCCGCCUUCCUCCCUCAUCCGCCACAUUCACUACCAUGGGACCUGUUGAAGCAUUUGGCCUCGACGCAGAGUUUCUUCGCUACAUUUCCGAUCAUUUUCGGUACAAAUUCUCCAGCGAAAACCUCAGACGGACGGCGAGGUAUUACUCGUCAAAUUGGAGGACUUGGGGGGCUGUCAUCAUUCAACUUGCUUGGCGUCGUCACAGGGAGAGGACUAAGGGUAGUCCAACACCAAUACAAAAUUGGGAUAUUGAGAACCGGCUUAAAAUGUAUGCUGCCAUGUUCUUGUCAGUAAAGCCUCAGGACCAUAUGGACUAG